AAAAGACUGUUGUUAAGAGGGAGAUUGGAGACUGAGUACACCGGGAUAGUUAACCGACAGAAAGUUAACCUUAUAAUCAGUUCUUUUUCCUAUUUCCUGCACACUCAGGACAACCUGAUCCUUAAUUCACAAUACAAUGGCCAUCAAUACCAUUCUAUUGGAUUUGUCAGUUGAUGCUUUGAAAAUAAUAGAGAAAACGGCAUUACUGUUAACAAUACAGGAGGUAUUAUCAAAGUUUAUUCCAGACUUGAAAGAGACUAACUCAAUGAGCUUUGGAGGGGGAGGUUUCUUGUGUACCUAUACAGCUGCAAGAGAUAGCUUUAUAACAGUCCGAGGUUUUCCUCAAGGUCUUGUAUCUAUCAAUGUAGAAUACUACCGGGAGGAUGGAGACGAGUCCUUACUCCCAUUUGAGACUGUCCGGCAACUGGAAUCUACUUUGACAAAGCUCACUGGUAGCAUGAAAAGUCACAAAUACCCUGCCCUGAAACGUGGAGGCAAGGCUGAUAGAUAUUUUCUUUCUUCAGAUGAAAGGAUCCUGGAAUAUGAUAUUGAUGCUGUACUUUUUGAGGAGCAGUCACCAUACCAGAAAGUGCAGAUUGUACACUCCAAGAGUCUAGGCAACCUUCUAGUUCUGGAUGAACUACAGAACCUGUCAGAGCGAGAUCUGAUCUACACAGAGACUCUGAUGCAGAGAGGCAAAGAGGACUACUCGGACAAGGAGAUUGUCAUCCUCGGGGGAGGAGAUGGAGCUUUGCUGUAUGAGUUACUCAAGGAGAAACCUAAGUUUGUUACCAUGCUUGAGUUGGAUGAGGUUGUGUUAAGAGCGUGUAGAGAGCACUUACGAGGUUGUUGUGGUGAUUGUCUAGAUCAACUGGAAGGUCCAAAUUACAAGAUUGUUGUGGACGACUGUGUGAAAUCUUUGGACACAAUGAUUGCGGAAGGCAAGACAGUGGACUACGUUUUCGGAGACCUGACUGAUAUUCCUGUGUCAACUUCACCUCAGGGAGAAGUGUGGGAUUUCAUCCGGCUCAUUCUCAACAAAGCCAUGCAAGUCCUCAAACCUACCGGAAAGUAUAUGACCCACGGUAAUGGAGCUUCCAGUCCAGCUUCUCUAGCCAUGUAUGAGGAUCAGCUGAACAACUUGAAAAUACCUGUUCAGUUCACCACAGACAGAGCUUUCAUUCCAUCAUUCCUCGAGGACUGGGUGUUCUACCAAGUGUGGCCUAAGCAAGUCAACUAGUUCACCACCGCUCAUAACAUAAUGCUUUGAUAUUCAUUGUGUUUGUAUUAAACACAGCUGAGUACAUCACAAUGAUCAUAGUUCAAAGUUGAUGUGGAGGAUUUGCCAGCAUUUGUCAGUUUUUAAUUAUUAGAAGUUAAAGAAUACAGCUGAACUAGAACUUUCUUUUCCUUUUUUAUUGUUUUAUAGGGGUGUGUAAAUAUUUGAAAUAUGAAUUAGUUCAUGAUAAAAAUUAUGAUUGGAAAAUGUUGUAUAUUGAAGUGGUUUUAUUUAUUUUAUUAAAAUCUGAGAUGAAAAUGGAAGUAAAAAAAAUUAAAUCCACCAAUACGAUUUAUACUGAAAAGAAAUAUGCGUGUAACAAAGUCACUAGUUUCUCUCUAACUGUGACGUAUUCAAUGUAAUACUACAGUUCAACUUAAAAACAAAAACUAUUAUAACAAAAAUGUUUUUCUCAGUGCUUUUAAUAUAUUGCUAACACUAUAUAAAUGUAAAUGAACGGAGUAAAAUAGAUGAUAAUAAUAGAGAGAGAACUUGAUGCUUGAUGGUAUACCGGAUAGGUGGAUGAACUACCUCAUCCUGCACAGCUCCUGCAGCUCUGAUGGUUGUCUUUCCACCUUAAUUCCUGCAUAGGUGAUAUGUGGACAAACUACUUGAUCCUGCACAGCUCCUGUAGCUGUGAGAGUGUCUUUCCGCCUUCACCUCCCUCAUGUGGAUAGGUGAAUGAACAACCUGAUCCUGCACAGCUCCUUCAGCUCUGAUGGUUGUCUUUCCACCUUCACCUCCCAUAUAUGGGAUAUGUGGACGAACUACCUGAUCCUGCUACCUGAUCCUGCCUGAUCCUACUUGAUCCUGAUACCUGAACCAUACAAGAGCUCUUGUAGCUGUGAUGGUUGUCUUUCCACCUUCACCUCCCUCAUGUGGAUAGGUGAAUCAACGACCUGAUCCUGUACAGCUCCUUCAGGAGCCUGUUCUUUCCACUUUAUACAAUUCAUACGGCUACCCCGGAGAACUCUAUCUAGUUACCAAGGUAUGAUUACCAAACUUACAAGUGCUCUUAGAUUAUCAGAUAACUGAAUAAAUUACCAUCUGCGAAGAAAGGAAUAUGUUUUUAGCCUUUGUAAUUUUGAAACAUGGCAUAUUGUAAGACGUUUAGUCAUUAAAUAUUUUUCAAAUUAAAAAAAAAAAAUGUGCUUUGUCCUGUGACAUUAAACAUCAACUUAAACAUUUUUAUGGAUACUGAACAUACUUUAAUAUAUAUAUAUAUAUAUAUAUAUAUAUAUAUAUAUAUUAUUAAAAUUCAACACGAUUAAAUACAUUUAAAAAUUCUAACACUUUACUCUUAAUUUAAAUUUUAAAAAUUGCCUCUACUUAGUUUUGAUUUUUCAAGUUUCAAGAGUAGAAGUACCCUCAAUCUUAGAGCGAGUCUAAAUUUAGUUUAAACACUUUUCAUGUAUUAAACAAUACACAUCAAAAUAAUAAAACUAAAAAUUAAUCACAUAAUUUUAGUAUUUUUAACAUUGUUUCCCACAUUAAAUGGGAGUUAAAAAUUAAUUGGAUCCAUUAUUUAGGAUCAUUGCUAAUAUGAAUCUAAUGUUUAACCCUCAUGGUGGUUGUUAUUUUUGUUUGACUAGAUUACAUUUCUAGUCAUUUUUAUAUACUUUCUUAAUCAAGACUGUUAUAUAUUUUCAAAUUCAUCCAAUAUAUAAAUUUUUAUCAUUUAUAUUUGUUUUUAAAUAUGUAUUACAAUUUUUUUAAAUAUAUUUACAACCUAAACUAUCUCAUAUUCAAUUGCUUACAUUUUACUUGUAUUUUAUUUUAAUUCACAUUUCACUAUUCACACUCCCCUAGUUGUAUAGAAUCAUUUCUUUUCUGUAGGACUUACAGCAUUUAGAAUUUGUUACCAUGAAAAACUAUAAAUAUAACAUAAUACAAAUUCUCAAUUAUGUUUUGUUUCAAUUUUCUGUGAAUAAAUCUCUACUUUUUAGUUUAAGAAAUAUUUUUUUUAUAUAGUAUGUCAAAUUAUAAUGUAAUGUUACUCUAAUAAAACAGCUUUAAUAAGGGAUAGCAUUAAAAAUGUAUCCACUUUUUGUAAUAUAUUUUAUUCUAAUGAGUUUCUUGGUUUACUAAAGGUUUUUUUUUGCAUUUGCAUGUAGAACUGUUGUUGCCAAGUAUUAUACUAUUAUUCCAUUGUCAAACAUAAGCAGUUCUGUAACUUGUUGUCUUAUUUUAUCAAAAACACAACUAGUUUUCUCUUAUUUAGAGACAUGGUUGUGUUUAUAUCUGUUAAUAAAACUUAAUUAUUAUAUGUUCAAUAUAAUUAUUCAAAACUUAACAAAACUCAAACAACACAUAUAUAUAUAUAUAUACAACACAUUUUUAUGUUGCUUUAAUUUAAAAUAUAUUAUUAGUUGUGAAACUGUAGUUUUCUAAACUAUUAAUAAUUAAAUAUAAUCCAUGGUUAAUUAAAAGAGCAUUUAAUUGUAAGACUUUCUAUUGUAUGUUUAGCAAUAAUGAUGAAACAUUCUACUAGUCUUAAUCCUCACCAAGUUGAGAUUUUGUAAUCGUUAAAGUUACCAAAUUUUGUUUAGCUAGCUCAGUAUUGAGUGCUUGAGAAAUUAUUUGAUAAAAUCAUGUUCUACUAACUUAUAAUUUGUUUGACUUAUUGGCAUAAUUAAAUUAGUAACCUUUUAGUACCGCCAUCCAAUAACCAAUUUUAAUGGGGCAAAUAUAUAAAAGUUUGACGAGACAUUUUAUUAGACAAAUCAAGUUUCAUAAAAAAAUAUUUACUUAUAAAUUAAAUAGUAAUUUUUAAUGUAGUAUUUUAAAACUCUUAGUACAGGAUGCAGUGUUCUCUACUGUCUGAAAUCAGGAAUAAAGUAAAAUUAUGUUCUUUGUAUUCAUAGAUAUUAAAUGUUUGUGUAACUAAACAUUUGAUCAGUAUAGGUUUGUUAGUCAAUUUGAUUGUAGCUUUGAUUAUUAUUUGUCCUUUCAGGAUUGUAUUAAUUCAAUUCCUUUAGUAAGAUAUGAUUGUUGUUAUUAUCAUUAGUUGUUUUCUCACUAAUAAGUAAGUUUAGUAAUUAAUUUGUGUGUGAUGUAGUCCUUGAGUGGUUUUAGUUCCUUAAUAAUGUAUAGCAAUAUCUAUUCAAUGGCUGUCUGUCUAGUCAUUGCUAAGCGGCAGAAUUGAGAUUCAGAGAAUGAAGAAAGGGUGUCAUAUGAUGCAUUAUUUAUUUUGUAGUGCAGCUAUUGUUUCAAAUUAAACUUGGUAUUUCUAAAUUCAA